AUGGCUUCGGAUAGAUUGGCAAGGACGCUAAGCGAAGCAAUUGGCAGAGCAAUUCACGAAACGUUAAGGACCGAAGAUGCCGAAGUAAGUUAAAACAAAUUAUCUUUAAUAUUAUUCAUCAUUCAUGUUUAUGAAUAUUCAUAUAAAUCGAUGAUUAUCCGAAUGGAAUUUUUGCAUAUAUUUUCACUGACAGCCAUAUUCAUGAACAGAAGAACUUUAUUGUGUUAAUAAUAUGGGGUUUUCUCUCCCAGCAGCCAUCACAAAGACAAAGAGAUGGACAAGAACAACAGGUAAAUCAUUUACAGGUAUUUUUAAGUCUAAUAAAUUAUAUAGCGCUAUAUAAAGAAUCUGUAUCCUAUCAUAGAAUCGUAUCUGGCAGAAUAGACCUUUCCAAGGUUAAGGACGCCAUCUUGAAUCUAUUGUUUUCACCAUUGUGUUUGCACCUCUUGCAAAUUAACCUAUAGGGAAUUCCUUUGUAUUUUUUGCACCCCUUGCACUAUUGUGUUUCAUGAUGGCGACGUUAACCUUGGAAAUGUCUAUUGUUUUUGCAUUGUUGACCAUCCAAUCAUCCAUUGAAAUUCCGCAAGUUUUAGUCAUUUUUCAUACCUACCAUGUGAAAUUUGUGCAGAGUUGUCUUAAAAUUUGGACAAACCCAUGGAAAUUCCUCCUUUUGGCAGGCUAUUGGAAAUUCCACAUGUCCUCAAUAGGCAGGGGGGGGGGGAGUAAAAAGUGCAGUGGUCCAGUGUGGGUGUCAAUACUUCCUUUGUUUGCUUUGUUCAUUUCAGAAAUGAAAGGAAACAUUUAGCCCAGCUUCUCAGAGAAUGAACAUGUCAUGAGAUUAUUUAUGCUUACACUGUUAUAACUUGUCACACUGUAAUGUGAGUCCACAUUGUUAAAUUUCAUGGUCGUCACUGAAAAUAUGUCUUGUUUCUGAACAGCUGCAGCAGUCACAGAGACCAGCUAGAGGGCAACUGGCAAAUGAUACACAGGUGAACUUAAAACACAUAUUAUAUGUAUGCUGUCUUGGAAUUUGUGAUAGAGGAUAAUAUACUUUUAACCCAUUCAGCAAUUAAAAUAUGCACAUACUUUAUCAAACCACCAUGUUGUUGGUUAGCAGUAUUGAUUCAUUCCAGAAAACAUCCAUACCACCCCCACAGAGGAACUAUUACUAUUAACAUAUUACUUACUAUUAACAGAAACAAUUUUUCCUCCCCCCCCCUCCACUCCUACGGACAGCAGAAAUUUCCUCCACGGGGGGAGUACGGAUCUUUUCUGGAACGAACAAUUGCUGAUAAAGAGUUUUUUUAAUUGAUCCACUCAAAAAAUGUGAUGGUAUGAAUAACAUGGCCAGGGUGGCAAGAGAUGAUGAAAUUUGUACACACUAUUAUGUGCUACAAGUUCUUGUAAAUUUCAGCUAGGUUAACUAUCUACAAUAUAAGGGAUCAUAGACCUGGCCUAGCAUGAAAGAAUUUUUUAUCUAAUUUUCCUUGUCAUUGCAGCCAAGCCGACAGACAACUCUAGUAACAGUUGCAAGUCAGGUAUCAGUCGUCAAGUUGCGACCACAAGUAACAGUCGCCAAUCAAAUCUGGUAAGUUAAGCAUCAAAUCUUGAUUGAUGGCCACAGGUUUGUCAGUGUGAACUCAUUAAUAUGUGUUACCCUCUUGAAAUAAAGGUUUCUAUUUAUUCAUUUGAUACCAAUGUUAGAUAAUAUCUUUUAUAUAUUUUUUUGUGUGUGAUGGUGUUAUGUGCUCAGGUGAAUAUGAUGUUUCCGGUGUUAAUCGUACUGUAGGUUCGAUUCCAACUGUGGCCAGGCAUUGUUUCAGGACCUGCCUGGUGUGGAUAUACACUGAUAGUAACACCAGAAAGAUCAUAGUAAAAGUUUAUUUGGUCAUACUUGAUUAUAUGAAAGCAACACACCUCCAAUUGUGUGGUGAAGGAAGGAAAGAAGCACCAUUUGCAUGUUGUAGAGAUUUUUAAAAAUUAUUUGAAUCUACAUGUAGAUCUAUGCACGUUCAUUGAGAACAAAUAAAAUACCACAAAUUUUUCUUAUGACAUAGCACAGCACCAUACACUAUACACUUCUGUCUUAUUUGUGUCUUUUCCCGAUGGAAAUAGUUAUUUUUGUUUUCCUGGGAAUCUCAAUGUUUCCCAAGUUGAUAUUGCAAUCAGUAUUGCAAUAUUGCAUGACAAUCUUGCAAUGUUGCUUGCAAUGUUGCUUGCAAAGGAAUGCUGGAUUUGACUGUAAUAUUUCCUUAGCCAGGGACUCUUCCCUCACUUUUUGGUGGUAAUGGGAUACAAUUUUCAAAUGCUGGAGGAAGAAAAAGGAAAAGGUCAACAGCAAGUGUAUCAAAACCAGGAAAGACCUACACAAAAGAUGUGGUGUGCCUGUUGCCUUCAAGCAAUGUGACAGACAUCCCAAUACCAAGAGGUGCUAAUAGAGCUGAAUUGUCAGAUAAAGGUCUGAUUGGAAAGGUCUCACUUAACUCCAUCUGGACUGCAGAAGAGGUUGCUAGAGAAUUAACAAGUAUAUUUGCAACCGCAUUCAACUUGCAACCUGGUGAACUUUUACCAUUUGAUUACUUGGGGUAAUUUACUUUUUGGGAAAUAUUUUUUACAGCCUCGUUCCCAGGCUCUACGGGAACCACUCAGUAUUUUUAUAAAAUGCAAAAGAACAGUAACUCCGAAUACCAUUUUCUUUUGAUUUAUUGAAUCUACGUUUCAACUAGAUUGUAGUCAUCUUCAGGAUUGAAUCCUGAAGAUGACUACAAUCUAGUCGAAAUGUAGAUUCAAUAAAUCAAAACAAAAUGUUAUUCGGAGUUACUGCUCUUUUGUAUUAUACCUUAAAUAGUUAGGAAAUCGUCAAGAAUGCCCUCGCGAAUGCCCAAAUAUUUGAAAAGGGCUGCAUUAUAGCGUUGAAUACAUGUGCGCGGUAAAUUACGUCGUAAUCAAUUUACUGUUCUGUUUACUGUACAGUCGCCACAAUGGCAUCGUUUUCAUGUGCUUAUUCGCGCGUCCAUGUGAAUGUGAUUGGUCCAUUCUGGUUGGCGAAAAAAUUCGGUGCGAAACAUAUUCCUGCCCGAAACAUACAGAUAUAACCUUCAAUCUUCAUGUGCGCCCGCCGUGCUAAAACAGGCAAAUAUAGCUACAGGAAGAGUCAAUUGGGGCAAAAGUGCAGUAAACAGUAUAAAAGACUAGAGUCUAUUCUGUUCAAUUUGGAUAUGCUUUUGGUUACAUAUAUUUUUAUUACAACACGAUUGUUUGCGUUCUAGUAUAACGAAAGGGACAAAAAAAUUGACUAUUCCGAAGACGUCAAGAUCGUUUACCUGGAAUGCACCUGAAGUGGUAUCCCUUUGUUCACAAGGAUGCCUUUAUAUAAAGGCGAAAAUCAAACCAAAUAUUGAUGAAGAUUCUGACGAAGACCCUGUUGUUGUGGAGGUAAUGUAGCAGUUACUGUACCAGUUGAAGCUCGUACUAGGUUUGGGCGGAAAUUCGAUUUAAAUUACGUUUUACAUCUUUUUCAGUUCGACUUACUUAAGACAUCUAGAAUUAGUGAAACAUUUCUCAUUAUUGUCAACCUCUUCCAUCUUUUAAUUUUUAAUUGUUUUUUUACAUAGUUUGAGUUUCUUUUGCAUUGCAUGCUUUUGGUUUUCUCUAUCUUAUCUAUAAGCGUAUCUAAUUUUGUGUUGGUGGCAAACGUACCAUGCCCUUCCUCCCCACCUAGUGCUAUACUUCAACGUCACGUUGUGGGACCUAAAAUCGGUCCAGCUCCGACCAGGGUGUUUCCUUCCCAAAAGGAAAGAACCUAAGAACGAGGUUCAUCAUUUUUCUGAUGCGCAGGAUGAUGAACAAAGAAAAGAAUCAGAUGAGCAAGAGUGUUUGGAGAGUGUGUCUGACAGUGAUAUUAUAAACAUACAUCCCCUGUCAGAGGAUUCACUAACUGAAGGCAACAGUUGUUACAGGUAUCACUGCAAAAACAUAAUACGUAAUAUAUGAACGAGGAGAGCGAGUGUUUCAAGGUGACAUUCAAACGCGAGAAAAUAUUGCUUUCGAGUGCUUAGAUAUCUCUGUGGCACGCGAGCUUGAGUUAUUAUAUGGCUUCUCCAGUGAAUUUAACAUUUAACAGGGACGUAGCCAGGGGUCACGUAGCCACGCCCCCCUCCCCCCCCCCUGCUAAUAUUUAGUGUCAAUAUAUACUUAGUGCAAAAGCAAAAAUUAACGCACACUUGUCUACUUGAUAACUUGUUCUUGAUACAUGAAGAAUUCAAGGUGCGUGCGCCACACGUUGACCAACAAAACCACGGCUGAAUUGCUCGCGCAUUAUUAAUGAAUUUGAGAAAGUGAAAUCCAUACUAUACAGUAGAUAAUCCAGUCAUCACUCGUCAGUUUUAUGUGAAUAACUCUCACAUCAAUUUUACAUAUUGUUCAUUUCGACUUUGCAGGUCCUAUCUGGGUUUGCUUGCUUCGGACACAGUUGAAGUAAGCGACGAUGAGGAUAACGAGCAGCUGCAGACUGCAAUUGAGAAUAGUUUAUUACAACAACACGUGUAAGUUCUGCUGCAUGGACGUGUUACGUUUUCUUUUUUCUUCCAAAAUAUACAACCUAACAGUUGAAAUUGCAGACACAUAAAAAACUUGUUGAAAAACACAAAAAGCAAAAUUCUGUUAAAAGAAAAAGGUUGCAAGCGGUAUUUGUCCAGAUACGGUUUUAGGGUUUAUUCAUAAAAAUUCGAAACUCUAUGAUCAUGCAUGUGUGCAUCGAAAUUGCAAUCUUUUCGCUUUAGCCUAGCAUUAAUUUCAGAAACAGGAUCAAGGCAUAUUUUAACAUAUAUACUGAAGACAUUUGCCAACAGGCCCCCCUUGUUGGUCCCCCACUCAAACAAGUUUGGCUCCCACUCCCUUGGCCCUUUUAACAUAUUGUAUUAAUUAUAGUUUGAAAUUAAAUCACUUAUAAUUAAAGGCGUUAUCAUUUAAAUUUUUGGUCUCUUCCUCGGAUUGUCAUUUCCACGAAAUAGAAUCGACCUAUAUGCGAUAUCAUUAUGUACAAGUUAAAAUGUUCAUUAAAAUACAUGUACAAGUGGACUGGUAAAACAUCAAUUUAUAUAGCAUUAGAAUUAUUAACAUUGCCUCCCAAAUUGCACGAAAUGGCAAUUUCAGAAAUUCCAGAUUUCAAAAUUUCCCCCUUUUCAGAUAUGGCCCCCACUGCUAAAUCCUUAAAAUAUGCCUUGAACAGGAUACAAGUCUGUAGUAACGAUUCUUAAAAGUUUGUAAUAGGUGGAAACAGAUAACAAUUGUUAAAGAGCAGUUCUUCGAUUCUUUUACGCUGCAGUGCACCGAAUGCAGACGAAACAACGGAGACCGUGCUUAGUAAACACGUUGCUAUAGUAAUGGUUGGCCAACCGUCCGACGUUCAGAUCAAUAAAAACCUAAUUAAUGUUCGUCGAAAUCACAUGUUUGAAGAUGGCAUUACUAAGAUGGCUCGAGCUAAAUUUGAACCAUCGCAUCCGCUCUCUGUUAGGUUUGCCGAUGAAUUGGGGUUUAGUGAGGGAGCUGUGGACCUUGGUGGUCCCACUCGAGAAUUUCUUCGCCUGGCAGUAAGAGAAGCUUUAACAACGAAUGCGUUUAGCGGCACAUCAACCAGCAAAGUUAUAGUGCUUAACCAAGAAGGUAGGCGCUUAUGA